GCUACCGCCGAGUGCUGCUGUGUCGUGCCAAGUCAGUUGCCGGUGUGCGCGCGCUAUGUGAUAGUGUCUGUGUGCGAUAUGACGAGGGUGUUUGCUCUACGCACGUUUUUGUGGAUAUUUGUGUGCGUGGAUUCCAUCUCAGGCCAAGAGUCAAGAUGCUGCACUAAGGUCACAGGAUCAUGUCGGUACGCCUGUGAAAAGCUGUCCCUGGCUUCGGCAGCGUCAGAUUCAGAAUAUAGGGAGCAGCGCCUUCUCGAUGUCCACAACUUCUGCUCUCAUUUGUUGGUGUCAUUUUGGCAGUGCAUCAACCAAACGUUAGAUGAGAUCAGCAAGGGAGAGGGAUGGUCUGGGCGGGCGUGUUGUGGCCUGCCGCAGUCAGAGCGCUGCCAGCAAGCUUGCAUCACUGCUUCUGGGAGGAAGGAUCUCGCCCACAGCUGCCGGCAAAGUGAUGAGCUCGCCUUCUUCACCUGUUUGGAUAAACAACAGAUGGGGGACGAAUGCUGCGCAACAGCCAAGAGUGAUGACUGCAAAGUCGCCUGCAGGACAAUAUUUCGCAGCGAGUUGGCGCCAAAUCGCAAUGCCAAGACGGCGCUCCUGCACGCCUGUAGUGAGGGCAGUCCCAGGACAUUAAGCUGUGUCAACAACUUCACCCGCUCGGCACCCGUCCCCAAUCCUGUGAAAUUUCUGCACUGCUGUGACCAAGCGACGAACGCCGAAUGCCAUGACACAUGCCGGCGUAUCCUGCAGGAGAGUUCCACAGACCAGGAGAUCAUAGAUAGUCUACAGGAGGGCGGCUGCGGACCACCUCUGUUACAUGAGAAGAUCUGGCAAUGUUUCCUGCAAGGCGGUGAGACGGCGCAGAGCGUCGAGUCCUCUCUGAUAGACCGCAUGGGGAUGGACUCGGCCAAACUUCACUGCUGCUCCAAUGCCCGCACUGCCAACUGCCGCAAGUUGUGUCUCAAAACCUUCUCCAACGAGUGGACCGAGUCCUGGGAGGAGUUCAGCGUACAGUGUCUCAGCCAGUUCUCAGAGGACAGCCUGCUCCACUGCAUCGAUGAAGUGGAGGAGCCGUGCGAGCUGGGCUGUGACGGCCUGAGCUACUGUACCAACUUCAACAACCGGCCCACGGAACUGUUCCGCAGUUGCUCGGUUCAGGCGGAUGACGCUGCCCGCAAUGACGUGGCGCUGUGGACAAGCAAGGGAGUGUUGACGCUGCCCGGCCUGCAGAUCCCCAUCCGUAACAUCUCACAUUGCUCGCCACUCACCUGGAAGGCUGUGGCUUGCACGCUGCAGAUCAAGCCGUGUCACCGCACGUCCCACACCAACAGGAUCUGCAGGCAGGACUGUUUCAACCUGCUGAGUCAGUGUAUGGACUGGACGCGCAUGCCAGCUGACACCUCGGCCGCCUCUAUCUGCAGCCGCCUGUCCCCUGACAACCCUAACACUCCUUGCGUAUCACUGGAGCCAUACUUGGAGCCAAGCGACCAGCCCUACAGCCCUCCCAGUGACCAAGUGACCCAGCCCUGCAAGGGUGAUCCCUGCAACAUCGGCCAGGUCUGCGCGGUCAACAGAUACUGUCAACCCUUACGCUCCUGUCAGCCCUACUCCUGCUCUGACGGCUGCAAGCUCGGUGAGGUGUCUCAGCACAUUGUGCCUGUGGGCUCUUACGUCAGGAUCCCGAUAUCCAGCGGGAACAGGGGCUGCCUGAAGAUCUGCCAGUGUCUGGAUGGCGGCAGCAGGGACCUUGACAACCACCUCAAGAUUGAAAACUGUCAACCCAUGCCGUGCUUUCCUUUAGAGGAUUGCUGGAUCGGUAGCAACCGGCAAGAGCACGGCAGCUCGUUCUACAUCGAGUGCAACUUCUGCAGCUGCUACGCGGGUGAGAUGACUUGCACCAAGAAACAGUGCGACAUGGGACUUAGGGACGUGGCCUUCACGAGUCUGCCGUGCAACUGUCCCCCACACCACGUUCCUGUCUGCGGGAGAAACGGCAGGACCUACCCUAGCGCCUGUCUAGCCAAGUGUUCAGGGUUAAAUGACUCAGAUUUUGAGUUCGGCUCCUGCGAGGAGAAGGACCCCUGCACCGGUAACCCCUGUGAUGAGGGAGAGGCGUGUAUACCAGCAAAGAGGGUGUGUCUGUCCUUGUUGCACAGUCCGUGCCCGCAGCAUCAGUGCGUGAAUGUGCGAGACGCGUGUAACACUCAGGAGAGCAACCCUGUCUGCGACACAGACGGCCAUCAACAUCCCAACACCUGUUACCUCGUGCGUUACGGCAAGACCCUCGCCUACCACGGCCCCUGUCUGAGUGGGUGUAGACGGACUGGAGUGGUCUGCGGAAUCGACGGCAACACAUACAGUUCUGAGUGUGCCGCAGUGGCCAGGAAUGUGCUGGUGGACUACCCGGGCCCCUGCCUGGCCGUGGGGCUGAUAGACACACAAGCUAAGCAACAGUGCAGUUCCCCCGUGAUAUGUCCGCCCCUGGCCAGCCCUGGGUGUCUGGGUGUCACUCCCCCAGGAGCCUGCUGUCCAGUCUGCGCGGGAGCCAUUAGAGUCCUCUACAGCCAGAAACAAGUGGACAGGGCUCUGUACGCCCUGAAGUCCACCCAGGCGAUACGGGCGCUGACACUCCAGGCAGUCCUGAGAGCUCUGGACCGUCACGUGACUGUCGCCGAGUGUACGGUACGAGGUCACCUGACCGUGGAGCUCGACAUCCUGGUGCUGGUCGUGCCCGUGAGGCCGGCGCCUUCUCUACUGCAGCUGCAGGCAUGCGUGAGCGAGGCGGAGAAGCUCUCCAACCUGGUGCGACUGGCCAGCCCCAAGCUCGUGUCCGAGCUCAGCGUGGGUACACUAACGGCUGCCAGGGUCGUACACAACGUGGUGGUGAGCGGGGGCAAGGCUCUUUGGCCCACUCCCUCCCUCGCCCUCACCCCCGCGCUGUUCCUUCUGCUCAGGUGCUGGAGUUAGCUAUUCUCCUUCACCCACCCUUCUGAGCCCAAAGAUUCUUAGAGACCACGGUCUUUAAAAUUACCAAAUUUGAUAACACUUGAAGACUGUACCGGAGUUAGAUUUGCUAUAUCAUCAGUACCCGUGUAAAAGUACCGAUCCCUUACUACCACCAGUAAUGUCAAAGACUGUUGGUGACAAUUACCAAGGCACGCAGUGACGUCACGUUAUGGAGACACAGCUGACAGCGGGACAUGCCUGACAUGUUGUUAUGGAGCUCAUUAUAUCUUUGAGCAUAUCCUUGACUCUUCCUUGACUUCUAGUUUAUACUCAACAACUCUUUAUCAAAGCCACUGUAAUAAACACGACUCCUUUUUUUAAAAUGCCAGCUCAAUUUUAUUCUGAUAGAUGUUUUUUACAGAUUACUAACUUUUUAAGAACCUAGAAAUGUUAAAAUGAAGAGUAUAAGAUUAAAGCCUAACCCAAAAGUUUUGUAUUGUAUAAUGACACAAUCUGGUUGUUAUUGAAAUCGAUAAAGAAUUUUUUCCUAAAUAAAGAAAUUUGAUCGUCGGCCAUACUAG